AUGGAGAGCCAAAGAAAAACUAGCCGCGACAUUGAGACAAAGCUAGAGUUCACGCGAUACGAACUAGAUGGAAGACUUGGAGAACUCUCUACCCAAAUAGAGAGAGUAGAGUCAAGAUGCUUGGACAUGGAGGAAGAUUUGAAGAAGCAAGGCGAGGCCAUUGAAGACAAUAGGAGAGCGAUACACUUUACCAAAGUUUCUACCAAGGAGAUGGACAAUCACUUAGAUGAGAAGAUCUCAAGUCUUGAUAACAACCUCGAUGGCACCACCAAGAGUCUCAAUUCAAUAACAGCAGUAGCUCAUCAAGCUAAGAGGGAGGUAGCCGAAGUAACCCUAAAGGAGAGGCAAUGUUACUCGACGAUGCUUACAUUGGUGGAAGGGCAAAAACAAGUGAAGGCACAAAUCCGAGAUUUACACAUCUCUCUAGACAAGAGGAGCCAAGAUAUUCAAAGAAGAGCUAGAGGGCUUGAAGACAAAGUAGAUGGAGUCUCCAAGGAAGUCAAGGAUUUAACCACUCGCUUAGCCAACUUGGAAGAGAAGGUCUUGACCGAGGCAAAGACGACCGUUCUAAGCACAACCAUGCCGCGCCCGUCUUUACUAUAA